AUGACGGGAAUUCCUCGGAAUCGUGAUGACACCUCUAAUUCUAAACGAAGCAAUGUCUUUAAUUUGGUUGCACGGAGAGAGAUUUCACCAAGAACAAAACACGCAGCAAGAGAUGCAAGGCGUGGCCUCCUUUCAUGGGUUGAGGCUGAUUCAUUGCGGCAUUUGUCAGCCAAGUAUUGCCCUCUAUUACCUGCCCCAAGGUCUACUAUUGCAGCAGCGUUUAGUCCAGAUGGAAAAGUUCUUGCAUCUACGCAUGGUGACCACACAGUAAAGAUAAUCGAUUGUGAAACUGGACGUUGCUUAAAGGUGUUAAUGGGCCAUAUGAGGACGCCUUGGGUGGUUAGGUUCCAUCCAUUGCAUCCACAUAUACUUGCUAGUGGGAGCUUGGAUCAAGAAGUUCGAUUAUGGGAUGCCAACACAUCAGAGUGCAUAACAUCUCACCAUUUCUAUCGCCCAAUUGCAUCCAUUGCUUUUCAUGCCAAAGGGGAAAUAAUUGCUGUUGCAUCAGGCCACAAGCUGUACAUAUGGCACUACGACAAGAAAAGUGAAGCAUCCUACUCACCAAUUUUUGUGUUGAAGACUAGGCGGUCUCUACGGGCUGUGCAUUUUCACCCUCAUGCUGCACCAUAUCUUUUAACUGCUGAGGUCAAUGAUCUCGACUCUUCAGAUUCCUCGAUGACAGAGGCAACAUCUAUUGGUUAUUUAGAAUAUCCUCCACCUGCUGUUUUUGUCACAAACAUUCAACCCACGGAACAUGUUACUUUGUCCAGUGAACCACCUAAUGCUUCAUCGACUUUCUUCUUUGUUCCUUCGCUUACCGUUGAUGAGUCAAGAGAGGAAUUACAGCGUGUUAGUCACGAUGAUGGCUCGGGUAGAAUGCAAAUUGAGUCCCCUGCGGUGGUUCAGUUUCAAGCAGAUACAAAUCUAACAGAACAAUGUGAUACUUCGUCUCCAAUGGAUACAGUCUCCGAGAUUCCAACUAACUCUCAACCUGGUAUAGAAUAUCCCACUCAUUCUUCUUUCUCUAAUGGAAUGGGAAUUGGCAUCCGCAACCUCACAAUGGAUGGUAUGGAGACUGAUGAAACCAGACCGCUGGAAGGAAGGCAACACGGAAACGUUACUGAUGUAAGUUCUCUCAAUGGCAUGUUACACGGACUAUCAGGACAGACUGCAAAUCAUGGGGUUCAUUCAGAGUUUGGUCAAUUUCAUCAGUUUGUUUCUUCUAGAGAUACAAGUGGCUGGGAAUUACCUUUUCUACAAGGAUGGUUAAUGGGUCAAAGCCAAGUUGGUAUCCCCACACCGCAUUCUCACCCGGGUGUUAGUCGUGGCACUCUAGCUCAACAGAUUAGUUCUACUGCAACGGCUAAUACACUUCCCACUUCUAAUGUUGACACAGAAAUGCCAUCUACAGCAAUGUCUGGCGGCAUCAACAUACCCAGAUCUUCUAUAAGAUCAGGUCUACGGAGUCAAUUUUCCCAAUUGCAUAGACCUGUAUCUGAAUCCCGAAAUCUUGCAGCUUCUACUAAUACCCCACACGAUGGAUCUGACAUCCAAACCAUCAUGAGUCGAAUCCAGUCAGAACUCGCAACAUCUGUGGCUGCAGCGGCAGCUACUGAAUUGCCUUGUACCGUGAAGUUAAGGGUAUGGUCUCAUGACAUAAAAAAUCCCUGUUCCCCACUAAAUUCUGACAGAUGUCGUCUAAUCAUACCUCAUGCUGUCCUCUGCAGUGAAAUGGGUGCCCACUUUUCACCAUGUGGUAGAUUUUUAGCUGCCUGUGUUGCAUGUAUGCUUCCACAUAUAGAAGCUGAUCCAGGAUUGCAAACUCCAGUACAUCAAGAGCCUGGUGUUGCAACAUCACCAACCCGGCAUCCACUAUCAGCACACCAAGUUAUGUAUGAGCUGCGGAUAUAUUCCCUUGAGGAGGCAACAUUCGGAUUGGUGCUUGCUUCUCGAGCAAUUAGAGCCGCUCAUUGUCUGACUUCAAUUCAGUUCUCUCCUACAUCUGAGCACAUACUCCUUGCCUAUGGUCGACGUCAUGGUUCCCUUCUUAAAAGCAUUGUCAUCGAUGGAGAAACAACAUUACCUAUAUAUACAGUGUUAGAGGUGUAUAGAGUUUCGGAUAUGGAACUUGUCAGGGUGCUUCCAAGUGCUGAAGAUGAGGUUAAUGUGGCAUGCUUUCAUCCUUUUCCUGGGGGCGGGCUAGUUUAUGGAACAAAGGAAGGAAAGCUUAGGAUCCUCCACUACGAUGGUGCUCACUCAGUGAAUGGCAAUGGACCGAGUUACUAUCCCGAGGAAACUGUCGUUGGAUUCAGUCAGUGA